AUGUUCUGUUCUGUGAGGCCGUGGCAUCAGGUCGCAAUGAAUAUUUCAAUGCAUCUGGCGGUAGCUGUGGCGGCGGCGGCCUGUCUGUGCGUCUGCGCAGCGGCACCGGAGAACCGACUCGCGCGCACCAAACAACAACGCCCCACCCGUGGCUUCAAGAAUGUCGAGAUGAUGACCGCCAGGGGUUUCGGCAAGCGAGACAGGCCACACACUCGGGCUGAGCGGGACGUAGAGCACCAAGCGCCGACGACCCGCUCGCACCGCGGCACGCCCACCUUUAAGAGUCCCACUGUUGGGAUCGCAAGAGAUUUCGGUAAAAGAGCUCCGGAAUUGGACGCAGAAGACCAGGACAGCUAUGAAUCCCACGCUCGCAGGAAGUUUAACCCCAAGAGCAACCUCAUGGUCGCCUACGACUUUGGCAAAAGGAGUGGUAAUGAUGACGUAACUGAUGAAGCAGUGUACGGUUUGGACAACUUCUGGGAGAUGCUGGAGGCUACACCUGAGAGGGAAGGUCAAGAGAAUGAUGAGAAGACCUUGGAAAGCAUUCCUUUGGACUGGUUUGUGAACGAGAUGCUGAACAAUCCCGAUUUCGCGCGAUCUGUGGUCCGCAAGUUCAUUGACCUCAAUCAGGACGGCAUGCUAUCAUCGGAGGAACUAUUAAGGAACAUCGUUUAAUUACACACAUAGUUAAUUACGUAUAACUUGAGAACCCUAUCAUUUGGAAUCUGUAACUGCAUGCAAAGUUAAUAUAUGAAUAUAUAUCAUUACAAAUACUUGUAUAGUCUAUUUAUAUUUCAGUUUACAGGACUUGUAACGUUACUGUGAUAUCGAAUUAUUAUCUUCGCAUCCAAAAAUUAUAAAAAAAAAUCAACCUCAGUUCUAUUAAAAGAUAAUUUUAAGAGCGGUAUUGUUGUUCGGAAUUUACGAUUGUUGUAAAUAAUUUAAAUUAUAAUGUCGAUGGCAUAAGAAUUAUCUGUCCAUAGCGAUACUCUUUAUAUCUAAAAAUGUAGAUUAAUAUUCGUUGUUGUAACUGAAAUUAAUUUUCCUUUCUAUUUGGGUCACUUUCAAGAGUAAUAAUGUCAUAUCUAUUUGCUUAAGUACCUACGCGCUAACUUUCAAAUUUUCAUUUAGUACAAUCGCCCUCACUCGCCGAUGUCAGGUACAAUCGACGAACUAACAACUGCACUAAAUGAAAUUUGAAAGUUUGCAGUCAGUCACAAUUUUAACAGCAAUGUUUUAAGAUCAAAGUAAAUUAAGAGGUACAAGACUAAAAUGUAUUUUAAUGUUAGACAUUAUUUAAAAUUUCAGUAAAACAUGUUUCAAUAUCGUCUCGUUUUAAUGUGAUUUUCAAUUUAUGUAAGGGGAAAGGCAAAUAUAACGAUCUAUUAAUGUAUGUUCUAUGAUUAUAAUCUAGGCUGGGUCAUGCAGUAUCCUAUUCGUGUCAAUUUCAUAGUUGGAAUUAUAAGAGUUAGUGGAUUCUGUCGUUUAAAACUCACUCUACAUACAUACAUGUAAUUUAUACUGUAAUGAAUAUAAUAAAAAAUAUUUUUAGGCGGUAAAAUAUUCGAAAAAUGGAUGUUUGGAUACCCAUUAUUUAAUUAGUUUGUUGUUAAUUACCACUGUCGACGUUAUGGAUAAAUAAAU